CAAGAGAUGAUGAGUUGUGCUGGUGCGUUGCCCCUGACAGUUCAAGCUGAUCUGUCGCUCCUUUGGCGACCUCUUGACGGUCUGCGGGAGGUCUUCAAGCACAUCGGGCGUGUACGGGAGCUGCAACUUUCAGACGGUGGACAGAGAGAUGAAACCGAAGAUCUUUUUAGGGGCAUUCGUACGGGUGGAAGCAUUCCCAAUCCUCUAGAAACACUCUGGCUCCGAUCGGAAGACAUUGCAGGCUGCACAGAUUCUCGUUUAGCCUCUGCCAUCUUUCAGCUAUCGACACCAUCGUUGAAGACAUUACGUAUUGAUAAUUGGGCGCUAGACUUCCGGACGGCAUCCCAUGCCCUCCGAAAGCUUACAAAUCUCCAGCUCAUCUCGGUCUCCUGUGCUGAUUAUAAUGUCUUGGAUUUUAUGACUGCACUGGCGGCAAUGGGCGAUCUUCAAAUGCUGACGCUUAACCGUUCGCUCCCUUCCCAUCAGGAAAUCAUAGCAUAUGACAUUGCCUUGCCCAACCUGACCUGCCUUGACAUGGAGGACGACGUUUUAGAUUGCAACGCAAUGCUUCUAAACUUCCGUCUAUCUCGUCCCCUGGUUCAAUUCCGCUUACACUGUGAUUAUCUCUCUCAUGAACAGGAACUACCCGUCCUUCGUUCUAUGAUCCAGCAGAGCAGGAUGUUGAAGGAGAGCUCAGAUGGUCCACUGUUCAGUUUGGCGGGUCACCUCUCUGGCCUUUCUUUUGGGCAUUUUUCCCAAACGCAAGGAAGCGUCCGUUUUGAGCUCUCGGCUCAAACAUCUGUUGGCUAUCACCGCCCUACCCAGAUUACGGGACAAGGCUGGCGACUGCCCGCACUCUCCGUGGGCUGCAGCUGCUUUGUCGAAGACGCAGAAUCCUUCCUCUCUCACAUCCUUGGGAUUGUAUCCAUUCAUUCGGUCUCAUUCGCCAACUUCUUCGGAUUUGACAUGCCUCAGUCAUGCUGGGAUAUUUUAUGCAGGGAGCUUCGCUCCGUGCAAGUACUUUUAGCCUCAGGAUGCAACGCGGACAGCAUGGCGCGGGCGCUCAUGCCUGUACUCGGCCAAGAACUCCCGGCUCCCAAGCUCCAGCGCUUGUUGUUGUUCGAAGUCGGGCUUGAUGCGUGUCAAUCCGUGGAUGUUCCCACCCUUCAGGAAUUGAUUGCAGUACGGCAGUCUCGAGGAUCUUGGUUGGAAGUAUCAGAGGUAAAUCCGCGCCUUGCGAUUGGAGCGAGAGGAAGAGAUUGGGUUACCCUUCAGAGUCAGGGCCUUGACGCCGUGUGGGACGUCGUUAAAACAUUGUUAGACGUGGACUCGGUUUAUAAAAGCAAAUUUCUAUGAUCCC